UUUUUUUUUUUUUUUUCAGAAGUGGUAGAAUUUCAGAAAAUAGUGGGUAGCUUAAUCGAACUUGUUGAUCAACUAGCAAAAGCCGCUGAGAGUGAGAAGAUGAAGGCCAUUGGUGCGCGAAAUUUGCUGAAAUCUAUAGCAAAGCAAAGAGAAGCUCAGGAACAGCAACUUCAGGCUUUAAUAGCUGAGAAAAAGAUGCAGUUGGAAAGAUACCGAAUAGAGUACGAGACUCUGUGUAAAAUAGAAGCUGACCAGCACGAAUUCAUUGACCAAUUCAUCUUUCAGAAAUAGCAGGUUUUAAGACAAACAGCAUGUUGCCUUGGGAACAUGAACAUUCCAGGAUUCUGGGGCUU